AUGACCGUAGGCAAAACUAGGCAACUAUUGUUAUUAUUCCGUCCCUCACUGAAUCUACCAUUCAGACGAAACAACUCUUCAUAUAGUUCGACAACUAAUGAGCCAAAACAAAGAAAAUUUGCCACAAGAGAUUUUGAAGAAAUACAAAUCCCUGUGCCGUGGGGUCACAUAGCUGGCAAAUGGUAUGGACCAAAACACGAAAGACCCCUGGUGGCUUUACAUGGUUGGCAAGAUAAUGCAGGAACCUUUGACACGUUGGCUCCUUUACUGCCACGUGACAUCCCUAUCCUGGCCCUUGAUAUGCCCGGCCAUGGUUUAUCAUCAUGGUUACCGGAUGGCAUCAAUUAUCACUCCAUUGAUUAUGUUACCCUUAUUAAUCGCAUUAUGGACGAAUAUAAAUGGGAUAAAAUUUCCCUAAUGGGUCAUUCGAUGAGUUCAAUAAAUAGUUUUGUCUACUGUGCCCUAUUCCCGCAGAAAGUCGAUUUGUAUAUUGGAUUGGAUGUCCUAAAACCUCUAACACGGUCUGCCAAAAGCAUUGUUGACAUAUUAGGUGAACGUAUCGAAAGCAUAUCAAAGGUGGAGCGGAGAAUACGUAAUAAAAGUGAACCUCCAGCCUAUGAAUGGGAUCAAUUGGUUGAACGUUUGCAUGUGGGCACAAAUAAAUCUGUCGAUAUGGAUACAUGUAAAUUCCUGCUGAAACGUAACAUUAAACCCUCCGAACAUGAACCUCAUAAAUAUUAUUUUUCACGUGAUGGCCGUCUGAAGAAUUCUCUGUUCUAUGCAUUUUCACAGCAGGUGCCUGUGGAAAUGGCACGACGUAUAACCUGCCCACAUUUGUUUAUUAAAGCCCUACAGGCUCCUUAUUACGAACGUAAGGAAUAUUAUGACGAAGUGUUGGCCAUAUUGCAACAAAAACCUAAUUUUGUCUAUCACGAAGUUGAAGGCAGUCAUCAUGUGCAUUUAAAUGAACCGGAAAAGGUGGCGCCUUUAAUUAUUUCAUUUUUGGAAAAAUAUAGAAGUUAA